AUGGCCUCUCUGGACCUGCCGUACCGCUGUCCUCGCUGUGGGGAGCACAAGCGCUUCCGAAGCCUGUCAUCCCUGCGCGCCCAUCUGGAGUACAACCACACGUACGAGACCCUCUACGUUCUCUCCAAGUCCAACAGCGUUUGCGACGCUGCCGCCCUGCUGCCUCUCGUGACGGAGGGAGCCCUGGUGCCACCACCCAACAAUAACGAGCCCUUUGAGCCGCUUCAGUCGUCGGCUUUGAAAGAGCGGCGCUUCCCUUGCCGAGAGCUUCCGUGCGUGGACGACCUGAGUUUGACGCCGGCGAGCACCAACGCUUCCGCCAGGUACAUCCCCAAUGUGGAGUUUCCUCUGGGGGAGAUUUUGAUGAAGACGGCCAUGACAUCCACAGACCCCAGCCCCUAUGGGAACCCCAAUACAGCCGUGGCCGUAGCAGCUAACGUUGCCGCCAGUGCAGUGGAGGCGGCUUAUGAAGAAGGCCUGGCCAGGUUGAAGGCACGUGCAUUCGAACGUCUUGAGCUGGAUGAGAGGAUGGAGAAGCUUUCGGAAGAGGUCCUCGUGGAGCAGAAAAUAGCGGCCCGCGUAGGCCGUCUUCAGGCUGAGUUGGAGAGAAAAAGUUCCGAGCUGGAGCGGGCCAAGCACGAGAGCGAGCGGCUCAGCCAAGAGAAACAAGAGCUAGAGGACAAGGCUUUGGAGCUCUCCCGGCAGGUAGACGUUUCGGUGGAAAUGCUGGCCAACCUAAAACAGGACCUGGUGAAUAAGGAGGCAGAGCUCAGCCACAAGCAGCAGGAGGUGGCCCAGAUUGACCAGUUUCUGCAGGAGACUGCGGCACGUGAAGCCAACGCCAAAGUUCGCCUGCAGCAGUUCAUCGAGGAGCUAUUGGACCGUGCCGACCGCGCCGAGAAACAGCUACAAAUCAUCAGCAGCUGCGGCACCACGCCCAACGGAAGCCUGGGACGCUGCAGUCUUCAGGGCAAGGGCAACGGACGCCAGAGAAACUCCAGCAUCUCUGGAAGCACAAGAGGUAUCUACCAAGCAUCUGAACGACGUUCCUCCCCCAGCACAGGUGCAUCGGGUCGGAUCAAGUCGGUGUCACAGGGAUCCGGCGGAUACGAUAGCGACAGUGUGGAGAUGCACCCGUUGGAAGAUUGCUCCGAGGCUCAGUACUACCACAUGCAGUGCCGCCUGAAUGAGGCGGCUUACGAGCGCUCCCCGGGAUGUAGCGGAGGGGGGAGGAACUGGGGUCUGCGCAAACAGGCCAUCCAGAACUGGCAACGGCGGCCUUACAGGAACAGCACCGAGGGUGAGGAGGGAGACGUGUCCGACGUGGGCUCUCGGACCACAGAGUCUGAAGUGGACAUGUGGGAGCAGGAGAGAAGGGCAGUGGCGGAAGUGCAGCAGUCUAGCACCCCCUAUCCUUACCAUGGACGAUCUGGCUAUCGAUCAAAUUCAGGUCGAUGUGAAGGCAUCUACAGCAAACCCUGUCGUCACGAGAAAAGCCCAUCCAAAUCCAAUGAGGUGAUCAGUCCGGAGAUCCUGAAGAUGCGCGCCGGUUUGUUUUGCAUCUUCACCUACUUGGAUACAAAAACGCUGCUUAGAGCUGCGGAAGUCUGCCGAGACUGGAGGUUUGUGGCCCGCCACCCAGCCGUAUGGACCAGAGUCCUGCUGGAGAAUGCGCGCAUAUCCUCCAAGUUGCUGGGAACAUUGUCUCAGUGGUGCACACAGACGCACUCGCUCAUCCUGCAGAACCUCAAACCGCGACAGCGCGGAAAGAAGGAAACCAAAGAGGAGUAUCUCAAAAGCACACGUGGGUGUCUGGAGGAGGGUCUGGAGGCGCUGCUAAAGGCCACGGGAAGUAACCUGCUAAUUCUCAAGAUCUCGCAUUGUCCGAACUUGCUGACCGACCGCUCCCUUUGGCUGGCCAGCUGCUACUGCCGAGCGCUGCAAGCCGUCACUUACAGGAGUGCCACAGACCCAGUUGGCCAGGAAGUAAUUUGGGCCCUUGGAGCCGGCUGUAGAGAUAUUAUCUCCCUGCAGGUGGCACCACUACACCCAUGUCAGCAACCAGCUCGCUUUAGCAACAGAUGCCUGCAGACUAUUGGGAGAUGCUGGCCACAUCUGCGUGCGCUCGGCGUGGGGGGAGCAGGAUGUGGCAUUCAGGGGCUGGCCUCAUUGGCAAGGAAUUGCAUGCGCCUCCAAGUGCUGGAGUUGGACCACGUGAGUGAAAUCAACCAGGAGGUGGCAGCAGAGGUCUGCAGGGAGGGUCUGAAGGGCCUGGAGAUGCUGGUGCUCACUUCCACACCAGUCACCCCCAAAGCUCUGCUCCAUUUCAACAGUGUGUGCCGCAACCUGAAGUCCAUUGUUGUGCAGAUUGGCAUUGAAGACUACUUUGAGGACCCCAAUAGCCCUGAAGCCAGGAAACUGUUUGAUGAAAUGGUUAACAAGCUCCAGGCAUUAAAGAAGAGACCUGGCUUCUCUAAAAUUCUCCACGUGAAAGCAGACAGUCUGUGCUAA